UUUGCAUAUGCAAAUAUGUAUUAGCUCUAGGCCAGUGUGUACUAGCCUGGACCCCCAGACAGGGGUGCGAGUCGAAAUCCUUCCUUGGGCAAGUCGCCUCCCCACGGGGCCCUGCCUGGGACUCUGUCCCCACGCUGCCCCCGUCCCCUCGACACCCCCUCACCUGCCCAGAACGUUACAGCUGCGUCUGCUGAGAGCUGCGGUUGUAAAACGAGGCUUUGGGCCCCUGGUGCCACCUGUACUUCCAGGGGUCAUUGAGGAUCCAGCAGCACCUCGUAUUGAAAACUUCUUAAACGAAAGCAGGGUCGGAAAGACCAUCGCCCCGGUUCCCUUCACACGCGGACCGUCAGAGACCACCAUGCCCAAGCGCAAGGUGACAUUCGAGGACCAGGCCGAGGGGGACGAGGAGGAGGAGGAGCUGGCCAUUCCCAAGAAGAAGCUGGCAGAGCCUGGCCUGGGGGCCAGUGGCCCAGGGAGCCGGUUCAAGGGGAAACACUCCCUGGACAGCGAUGAGGAAGACGAGGAUGAGGAGGGGGAUGGCGGCCGGGCCAGUAAAUACGACAUCCUGGCAUCAGAGGACGUGGAGGGGCAGGAGUCGGCCACCAUCGACUACGAGGACGGGGUGCGGAUCACCCCCUUCAACCUGGAGGAGGAGAUGGAGGAGGGGCACUUCGACUCGGAGGGGAACUAUUUCCUGCGGCGCGAGGCCCUGAUCCGCGACAACUGGCUGGACAACAUCGACUGGGUGCGGAUCAAGGAGCAGCCCCCCGGCGGCCGGCAGCCCCCCGGCGGGGGGCAGGAGGAGGACGGGGGGCGCCCCCUGCUGGACAAGCAGACGCUGCUGGAGGGGAUGGUGGAGAUGGUGCGGCCGGGGGAGACGGUGGCCCGGGCCAUCCAGCGCCUGGGGAGCAAGGGAGGGGCCCGGGGCUCGCGCCCCCGCCGGGCCUGGACCCGCGCCAAGGCCGGGGCCCCCGCCCCGCCCGAGGAGGGGGAGGCGCCGGGCUCGCCCCAGAGGCGGGAGCAGCUGGAGCGGCUCUCGGGAUUGGCUGACCAGAUGGUGGGCCGGGGCGUCUACGAGAUCUACCAGGAGACCCGCGAGAAGCUGGCGCUCAGGCUGCGGGCGCUGACCCAGCCCCCGCCCGCCCCGCCCCCGCCCGCCCUCGACAUGUUCGCCGAGGACAUCGACGAGGCCAGGCUGAGAACCCAGGCGUCCGGUGAGACGGGGCGCGCUGCGGCGCCGCAGCCCCAGGCCGGGGAGGAGCCGCUGGCGGAGGUGAUGUGGGAGUACAAAUGGGAGAACACGAAUGGGGCCGAGCUCUACGGGCCCUUCAGCAGCACCCAGAUGCAGGAGUGGGUGGACCAGGGCUAUUUCAAGGAGGGCGUUUACUGCCGCAAGGCCGACAAUUCGCAAGGCCAAUUCUACAACUCGAAGCGGGUGGAUUUUGACCUGUACACGUGAUCCGCGACCGGCCUGCGACCCCUGGAGCCGAGGGGGCUGGACUCGAGUCUGGGGGAGCCAGGGAGGGAGGUCGGGGUGCAUAC